AAUCAUAUAUAAAAUAUAACAGGGUAAUGAAUUUAUCUAAAUAAUAACCCCAGUUUAUACACUUAGGGCUAGUUUGGAACGUCCAAUACUUUUUUAAUUUCACUUCUAUUUGCAAAUACGUGGCAUCAGUUAAAUUUCACUUUAAACAUCAAUUGAUGCAACCAUUACCUACACAUAUUUUUAUUGGUCCAAAUACUUUUAAUUAUUCAAAUAUUAUAAAUUUUAUUUUAAAUAAUUUGAAUUGAAUGAUGAAAUUUAACCCAUACUUGGUUUGCAAAUAAAAGUGAAAUCAAGAAGAUAUUACCAAAAAAAAAUUAUAAACUAUAUUACUUGGGUUAUAUUACUCUUGAUGACGCAGCAAAAGACUUAUAUAAAUUAAACCAUUGCUGAAGCUCAUUUGCCACGCAACAAAACAAUAUGGAAACUCCAUUGUUAAACAGAUCCAUUGUGUCCCUCUUCUUUCUCUUCUUCAUGAUCAUCUUCCAACCUUCUUUCUCAGCAGAGCAAUGUAACCCUAAAGACAAGAGAGUUCUUCUCCGUAUGAAGAGAGCCUUGAAGAACCCUUCCGUCCUUGAUUCAUGGGACCCAAGCACAGACUGUUGCAACGAAUGGAAUAGUGUCACAUGCAACCACGAAACGCACCGUGUAAACUCCCUCACCAUCUCAGGCGGUCUCCAAGGCCAAAUCCCACGCCAGAUAGGUGACCUCUCUUUCCUCGAAACCCUAGUCCUUCUCAAACAUCGUAACUUGGGAGGUUCCAUCCCACCAACCAUAUCUAGACUCAAAAGGCUCAGCUACUUAACCAUCAGCUCCACCAACAUCUCUGGACCAAUACCGAACUUUCUUGGCCAGAUGAGGAGACUUCGUUCCAUCGAUCUUUCUUACAACACCCUAACUGGACCAAUCCCAAGCUCAUUGGCUCUCAUACCCAACCUCACAUCCCUCCACCUCAACCGAAACAAGCUGACCGGGCCAAUCCCAGCCUCUUUCGGGCAGUUUUCGGGAAGUGAUUUUGACUUACACCUCUCUCAUAAUCAACUGACCGGUAGAAUUCCGGCCUCAUUGGGCAACAAGCUUGACUUCAACGACGUGAACCUAUCACGGAACAGGCUCGAAGGAGAUGCAUCGUUUUUGUUCGGGCGAAGGAAAAGGAUUCGCGCUCUUGACUUGUCGAGGAACAUGUUGCAGUUCGAAUUGUCCAAGGUUAGGUUUCCCAGGACCUUAACAUGGCUGGACCUUAACCAUAACAGGAUCAAUGGGACCCUUCCGGCUGGGUUGACAAAACUGAAUUUUCAAAUGUUGAAUGUAAGUUAUAAUCGUCUGUGUGGGAGUAUUCCGCUAGGUGGGGAGCUACAGAGGCUAGGGUACACCUCAUAUUUCCAUAAUAGCUGCUUGUGUGGUGCACCACUUGGAGGCUGCAAGUAAUUAUUAAGUGUAGUUAAUUAGAUGGUUUGAUAUAUCUAAUAUUGUACUUAAGAGGCUGGGUACGUACGUACGUUAGUUUGGAGUUUGGAGAGUACUUGGUUUGAAAUGUAAGGAUUAAAAUAAAAAUCUUUUCUUUGCAA